AUGGCUACGCCGGCCCUCCCAACCCACCCGGGUCCGGAUCACCAGGUUUCCGUCAAGGUUCUCUACAACGACAGUCACCGCCGCUUCAAACUGCCACUGAAGGACCUGCAGGCUCAGGUGCUGCCUCAGAAGCUCCGCUUGCUUCUCGACGUUCCGGCGAAUGUUAACGUCAUCUUCGAACGCUAUUCCGACAGCGCCGGCAACUACAUUCGCCUGGACGAAGAGAACCCCUCCGUCUACAAACAACUGUACAGGGCUGCCAAAGCCAAGUCCAAGCUUCGCAUUAAGGCCACCGCGGUCGACACCUUGGCGCCGGCGCCCUCUGACUUCCCCAUCCCGGCUCAGCCGUCCACCCAGAGUCCUCCUCGACACAGCUAUCUCGAGACCGUCCUCAGCUCACCCAUCCCCAUGGCUGAGAGUCUCCCCGCCACUUCAGAACUGGCAACCACUUCAAGCCUGGCCGACGUCUUGCCACCUCGCUAUCGCGACUUCGACAUGGAAGAUAAGCUCCGCUUCCCGGUAAUCUCUCACAACUCCCCCAAUGGGAUGUUUUGCAUUGACUGCAAUAACUGCGGUCGAUCAAUUGCCAACGAACACUAUCACUGCAGUAUCUGCGAGUAUGGAGACUACGAUCUGUGCCCUCAGUGCAUCGACGAUGGUGCGUCGUGCCGCAGUGAGGGCCACUGGUUGAUCAAGAGAAUGGUGGUGAACGGCGUCGUGACAAACAGCACAACAGAGACCAUUCCCCCUCGUGGGCCACAGGUGGCGGAGUCUCCCAAGCUUCCUGAGGAGCUUGUCGAGCCGGAAAGGGAAGAGCCCAAACCAGAGAUCAAGCCCGAGAUCGCAGUAUGCCCGGCCUACGAGCCUCCUCUUCAUGAGCGUGUUCUGGAAUUGGCGGCUUCGGUCAUCCCCGAUGGUAUGACUAAGUCUGAGGCUGCUGUUAAAGACGAUGAGCAGCCUAUGUGCAACGGAUGCUGCCGUGAUGUUGACGAAAGCAAUUUGGUGCGUUGCAAUGACUGCGAGGAUUACGACCUCUGCCUUCGUUGCCUCCUGAGGAACAAGCACGGCCACCACCCUGCUCACACUUUCUCCCUUGGGUCGGACCGCAACUUCUGCUUGAAGAACCUGAUUAUGUCUCGCUGCCUCCCCGGUCGCCAGUUCAAGCACGCUGCCAUUUGUGAUGGCUGUGAAAAGCGCAUCAUUGGUACCCGCCACAAGUGCCUGUCCUGCCCCGACUGGGACUACUGCCCCAGCUGCAUCCAGAAGGCUUAUCUGAACCACCCUGGCCACCGGUUCGCUCCUAUCUAUGGGGCAAUCGGUGAUCAGCCUCGUGACUCUGAGAUCCAUUACGGCAUCUUCUGCGACGGCCCUCUCUGCAAGGACAAGCCUGCACAGAGCUACAUCAGCGGUGUUCGCUACAAGUGUGCCGUUUGUGAUGACGUUGACUUCUGCGCGAGCUGUGAGGCUCUUCCGAGCCAUCAGCACAACCGUACCCACCCGUUGGUCAAGUUUAAGACCCCCGUCCGCACUGUAACCGUCAGCACUGUCAGCGAUGAUGGCUCUUCCACCGGUCAGGUCUCUUUGGGUGACCAGGCUCGCGUCCCUCUUGCGUCCCCCUCGCAUGAAAGUGUUCAGGAGAAAACUCCAGUUAUUAUGACACAGGCUCCUGUAGAGGUGGAGGCCACCAAACCCGAGCCUGCUUCGCCUACUACCCCCGUCACCCAGUCCACCACUGUUGAGGCACCCGAAGCCACCGAGGAAGACUCAGACCAGUACCAGGCUUACUUCAUCAGUGAUGCUGUUGCCGAUGGUACUAAGCUGCCUCCCAACACCAUAUUCCGUCAAACCUGGACCCUCUUCAACCCCGGUUCCCUUGCCUGGCCUGCUGGCAGUGAUGUCCGCUUUGUCGGCGGAGAUACCAUGUUCAACGUCGAUUCAAGCCACCCAUCCAGCGUCGAGUCUAUUCGCUGUGCGAUGGAGAGCAACAAGCUGUCUGCUCCUUUGGAGCCCGGGCAGAGUGCCGACUUCACUGUGACCCUUCGUACUCCUCAUCGUGAAGGUGCUGCCAUCUCGUACUGGCGUCUGAAGCUUCCUAAUGGUGUUCCCAUUGGCCACCGACUGUGGUGCGAUAUCCAGGUGCAGAGCACCGCAUCUCCUGCUUCGGUUGUCCAGCCAACAAAGGAGAUCGCCGAUGAGUUCACCACGACCGAGUCUUCUACUUCAAGCACAGACCUCGCUAGCAGUAGCAUGAUCUUCCCCAAGCUGGAGAAGGAGUCUCCUGAGUCCAGCCUGCACGAAGCCGUUACCCCGACCCACCAGGCCCCGGCUCUGUCGACUGCCUCUGAGGGAGAUGUCCUGGAAGAUGUUGAGAGCCUCACUUUGGACGAGGCCUCUACCGACGCUGGCUUCCUCACCGACGAGGAGUACGACGUCCUCGAUGCCAGCGAUCAGGAGUUUUUGGAGGCAAAGCAAUCCAUGCACUAA